AUGAGGAAGGGGAGGGGAGCGGCGGAGGCGCCGGGUACGGGCGCAGGUGGCGGAUCGGACGAAGAGACGAGGUUCCGGGGGGUCCGGAGACGGCCGUGGGGGAGGUUCGCGGCGGAGAUCAGAGAUCCUGUGAAGAAGACGCGCGUCUGGCUUGGCACCUUCGACUCCGCCGAGGACGCCGCCAGGGCCUACGACGUCGCCGCGCUAGCCCUCCGCGGCUCCAAGGCGAGGACCAACUUUUCCCCCGCCGCCGCCGCUGCUGCGGCGCAGCCGCCUCUAUCCGUGGUCGGCCUCUCUCCCCACCGCCGGCGGCACCGCCAGAAGCAACACCACCAGGGGCCUCUGCAGCAGCAGCGACCGACCAGCAGCUGCCACAGUAGCACCGUGGAAUCCUUCAGCGGCCCGAAGAUGUCCGGGACUCCCCUGCGGCAUUCAGAUCCGCCGCCACGGCCACCGCGUGCUCUAGCCGGCGACGAGGAUUGCCACAGCGACUGCGGAUCCUCCUCCACCGUCGUGGACGACGACGACGGUGGCGGCAUCGGAGUGUUCUCUUCUCUGCAGCGCCACCUUCCACCGAUCCAUCUGCCCUUCGACCUCAACCUCCCUCCUGCCGACGACGAACACCAGUGCGCCGGCGGCCUUCGACUCUGA